UGUCCCAAGUCUCCCCCCCCCCUGCCUGUCCCAAGUCCCUGCCCUACACCGGAGGACAUACAGUGAUCUCACCACUGAGAUUGUGGCCACUGAAGAGUGUGAAGAUCCCUCUGGCUACAGGCAGGAGGAUGAGUUCAUGGACAUCCUGGAGGAGAGGAGGCGGAGCAGUGACCUAGGCCAUGCCCUCCGAACCUUUACCCCCUCCCCCUACAGGGGAACCCCUCCUCUCUCCGCUGGCGCCCUCAACAGGAAGGUUCUGGAAUCACAGUACCUACGAUACGUCACCAAGGAGGUGGCCAUGGAGACUGGUGAGAGUGUGGAUCUGGUGAGAGAGGAGGCGUCGGGGAUACUGGAGGAGAUGUCUCAGAACCUCCAGCUGGGAUUCAUCAGACUGCUGGGGUUCACCCUCAGUAAAGUCUUCAAGAGGCUCUUCAGCCACAUCAACAUCAACCAGGAAGGACUCAACAGGCUCCAACAGGCCAUUCAGGAGUCUCCAGUGAUCCUGAUGCCCAAUCACAGGAGUUAUGUGGACUUCCUGGUUCUGUCCUACAUCCUGUUCACCUAUGACCUGCCCAUCCCCGUUAUAGCUGCUGGAAUCCCUCUGAUGGACAUGAAGAUGGUGGGAGAGGUCCUGCGUCGUUCUGGAGCUUUCUUCAUCAGGAGGGCUAUCGGGUCUGACAAGUUGUACUGGGCUGUCCUAUCUGAGUAUGUUAAAACCAUUGUCAGGACAGGGUAUGCUCCUGUGGAGUUCUUUGUGGAGGGUCUGAGGAGCAGGACUCUCAAGUCCCUGACACCCAAGUUAGGUAUGAUGCACAUGGUCCUGGAGCCGUUCUUUAAAGGGGAGGUGUAUGACAUCACGCUGGUCCCCAUCAGUAUCAGCUAUGACAGGGUCCUGGAGGAGUCUCUACUGGCACAUGAACUACUGGGGGUCCCCAAGCCCAGAGAGACCACCAUGGGCCUAUUGAAGGCUAGGAGGGUACUAGAGGAGGACUAUGGCAGUAUGCACGUGUACUUCGGUAUGCCUCUGUCAGUCAGACAGCUGACUAAGGGGAGGGUGGACCGCUGUGAAUACAACCUCCUGCCCAGAGACCUUCCCCAGAGGCCCAGCGUAGAGACCCAGGAGUGUGUGAGCUGGCUAGCCCAGCAGGUGGUACGUAUCCAGGAGCAGAGCUCCAUCCUCAGCCCCUGGUCUCUCAUGGCCUGCCUGGUGCUCCAGGACCAUCAGGACGCAGACCCAGCAGGAGAGGAACACGAGAAGGGUCUCUCCUGGGAGCUGCUCACCCAGAGGACAUUGUGGCUCAAGGGGCUGGCGAUCAGCUUCGGAGCCCACCUGGACUGGCCUGAGCAGCUACCUGAAAACCAGGUGAUGUCAUCCAGCAUGGCCCUGCACCGCUCUGUGAUUCGCUGUCACCAGGGCCGCGUCACACUGCUGGAGGAGGAGGGGCCUGUGGGUGCUGAGCCUUUCACAACAGAGGAGGGUGUGGUCAGGCGGGCGCGGCCGGUCCUUAUGGUUGCGGCCUAUAGGAACCAGGCGCUGCAUGUGUUCAUACGUCCUGCCAUGCUGGCUCUGGCCGUACACACAGUACAGAGCUCACAGAGAGAGGACAUCUAUAGCUACUUCAGGUUCCUCCUGGACCUCUUCUCCAACGACUUCAUCUUCAUCACUGGCAGAUCCUCACAGGACUUUGAGGAGGCGUGUUCGUUACUCAGGAAAUGUGGAGCAGUCCAGACCAGUCAACAGGAAGUGACA